CAAACAUUUUUACGUGUGACGUGAACACGCCACGGCAACUUCCGGUGUUUGCAACGCUCUCUUUCCGUACAGCUGAGUCGGUAUAUUUUUCUCGAAAGCUGUUAUUUUGUGUUUUUGUGAACAUUCAGAACGGAAAGUAACGGAUAUAAUUUACAUAGGGAUUCAGUGGCGAGUUUGAAUUUCGCUGCGUAAGUUAGUUUGUUGACGUGUCUGUUUUGAGCCAUGAACUAAGCUGUUGCCUCAUUUAUUGGACCUUGUUUGUGGUUUGACAAACUUUCUACGAGACUAAAACUGCAUUUGUCUGUUUCACUGUUCUCUUAAGUAUUACAUAAUGAACAUUUUGCCCAAAAAGAGCUGGCAUGUGCGCAAUAAAGACAACAUUGCGCGCGUGCGCCGCGACGAGGCUCAAGCUGCAGAGGAGCAGCGCGAGAUUCAGCGGCGAGUGGAACGCGCAGAGCAAGAGGCUCGAACUGAGUAUUUGAGAAAGAAAGCUCAAGCAGCCCUUCAGCAGACAGGAAAAUGGACGGAGGAUGGAGAGACAGCAGAGACAAGCCGAGGAGCCCGAGAGAUUGAACACUUAAAUCUGUUUCCUCUAGAGGACUCAUCUGAAAAGAAAGGAAAUGCAGAAUAUCUCAAAGAGAAGAAGGAAGAGAAGGAGAAACAGGAGCGUGCUAUCGGUCUUUUAGUGUCUUUAGGUCCCGCUCCUGGAACAGAAGUAACUCCCUGGUACCUGAAAGGUGGAAAAGAAAAAGAAGACGAUAGAGACAAGAAAGAGAAAGAGAAAGAGAAAGGCAAAAACAAGCCAAGAACCAUAACUGAGGAGGAGAAAGAAAAGAAAGACAGAAAGCUGAAAGACAGUUUGGAUCCUCUUAAGGAAAUGAAGAAAGCACUGGCAGUGAAGGACGGGAAGGAGAAAAAGCAUAAGAAGGAGAAGAAAAACAGAGGAGAGAAGAGGAGUGGAGAGAGUUCAGUUGAGAGGUUACGGGCUGAACGGCUGCAGCGAGAAGCGGAGGAGAGGAAAAGGACAAAGGCUUUACUGGAUCAGAGGAGCGGAGGCGGGAAAGAUAAAGAGCAUGAGCGAGUGAUGGGGGAUAGAGACAGACCAUAUAACAGCGCCUACUUUCCUGAAUUGGCACGGAAAAGGCAAAGGAGAGACAGAGAUCAGUAUGGCUUUUAUUAGCUUACAAUUCAAUUCAAUAAGUCUAGAAAUUGCAGAACUGUUUUGUGGUUAGACAAGAAAUUAGCCACGUGCAAAGUGUGAAGACCAUUUAAAAUGACUGAUUGCUACCUAAAAUGCCAUCGAUCUGGCCUCUGCAACCCUUUUAUUGGCAUCAGAUGACUUGUGGGAAAAUAUGGACAAACCAGAAAACCUCCUUUUUGUUUGUGCUUAUAAUGUAAUCUUAUGAUUUGUAGGGUCUGCAUCAGAGUUGUUUUCCUGAACAGUUCAGAUGUAUCAGCAUUACAGUGUGGACAAGCCAUUAUUGUGAGACUAAACAUUUUUCUUUGCUGGUGAUAUUGUAGUCCAUAAAAUAUUUUGUUCUUGUUA